GGCAGUAAAGUGAGUGCGGGGCCCGGGUGAGCUGAGUGCUGCUCCGCCGUGCUGCGCGUUCCUGUGCCGGGGCACCGAGCGAGCGAGCGCGCACGGGAAGAUGUCCGGUCGCGGGAAGCAGGGCGGCAAGGCGCGCGCCAAGGCCAAGUCGCGCUCGUCGCGGGCCGGGCUGCAGUUCCCCGUGGGCCGCGUGCACCGGCUGCUGCGCAAGGGCAACUACGCGGAGCGCGUGGGCGCCGGCGCGCCGGUGUACCUGGCGGCCGUGCUGGAGUACCUGACGGCCGAGAUCCUGGAGCUGGCGGGCAACGCGGCCCGCGACAACAAGAAGACGCGCAUCAUCCCCCGCCACCUGCAGCUCGCCAUCCGCAACGACGAGGAGCUCAACAAGCUGCUGGGCAAGGUGACCAUCGCCCAGGGCGGCGUGCUGCCCAACAUCCAGGCCGUGCUGCUGCCCAAGAAGACCGACAGCCACAAGGCCAAAGCCAAGUGAACCUCUAAGGCUAAAGCGGCACGUUUGCGUUUCUGGAAAAACCCAAAGGCUCUUUUCAGAGCCACCCACAAAGUCCUAAGAGAGCUGAGUUAUCUAAACAACAGUGUAAGCCGUUUUGCAGCAUUAACUACUCAAUUCUUGUUUCAACUUAUUUUUUAUUUUUGGUUGGAUAAAGUAGCAGUGUUUUCCAUUUUUUUUUUUUUUGUUAACAAAGUCUUGCCAAAACGUCCUCCUCUCCGUGCAAUUUCUUCCUGGUAUGGGAUAUUUUCCGUUUAGUUCUUACGUCUGAGAACAUACGGACACCAUUUGUUGAGCUCCUGUCCCACCUCCCUUUUUCGCCUCUUUUCUUCUCCGAGUGGCUGAUACAGUUCCAGAGAAAGGCGUGAGCGUCUUCGGGGAAGGGAGGGGGAAGGGCAGCGGGCCGGGAUUUCCGCCGGCCAAUCCUUGGGCAGGGCGGGCUUUUUCAAUACUUAAAGCUUUCUUUCUCAUCAGGAACAAAGGGAUUGGGAAAGAUCAGGGCUAUUUUUAUGUCAGUAAAGAAACCCUUCCCUCUUCCCCCCCAACAGACAAAGGCAUUUACGGAGAUAACUUUAAGAGAAAUAAUUCAAUAGAUUAGACAUGGCUCAGUAGUAGCGUGCCUGGCAAUUGCAUUAUUUUGUUACAAAAUAUAUCUUUAAAAAAACGUACAUCCGAUUUUUUAUCAAAUCAUUAUAAAACAUUUGUUUCUUGGUAGUCAAAGUAAUCACUUGGAG